UAUUAGUAAUCCUAUUACUCAUUACCUUUAAUUAUACACUACGCUAUAAUUAAUGUUUAUUACCCCACGUUUGCCGUUUCUAUUUUUUUUAUAACCUACGAUAGUUUUUUUCGUUAAAUUGCAUUCAAGAAUUAAGUGCAUCAUUGGCCUGUAAGUCGACUCUAGAUACAAAAAUGGAUGUGAAUGAAAUUUCAUGCUAUAAAUGGGACGACAAGCUUAUAUUGUCGAAUGAAGAAUAUGGGAAAAUGCUGACCAACUCGGGGUACAAUGAAAGUUGUGCGGUGGAAACCCCUUUCCCUAGUGAUUAUGUUCUUGCACUGUUCGCAGACUUGGCUUACCAAGAUAGCCCAUCAAAAAGACAACUGCCUCAGGACUGGAUGUUAUUAACUACCGUACAUAAUAAAAAAACUUCCAAUGGAUAUUUCGGUGCUGCAUUUUGGAAUCCAACAUUACGUCAUAUAGUGGUGGCGCACAGAGGCACCCGACUAUCAAAUAUAGGCGCUUUAUUUUCUGAUGUUAAAUUAGCCUCUAACAGUAUCAAAACUAACCAGUCAGAAUCUGCAGCAACAUUUGUACAUUUGGUAGGGGUAGAAAUUGACCAUCAGAUCUCUCUUGGUGCUAACAGAAUUCAGUUGUCAAUUACAGGUCACUCUUUAGGUGCCUGGUUGGCGCAAAUGUCCACGUUUACUUUAAAAUACUUUAAACGAAAGGGAAAAGAAUUUGUUGGAAAUGAAAAUUUUACAUCGAGCAUCCAUGCACACACAGUCACAUUUGAGAGUCCGGGCUGCAGGGAAAACUUAGAAUUUUUACGCAAACGCUUUGUUCCGACAUAUUUCCAUACGAAUUUUGGCAACUUCUACACAUUAGAUAUGACGGUAUACUUGAGCGCAAUCAACCCAAUAAAUAGCAUAAAUAAACAUGUAGGAGUGAUCUAUAUGACAGCUGCGAAAUCACACUCACUAUCAACGAUCUUGGAUCAAUUUGAUGUGAUUACCCAGAAAAUUGCAAACGAACGAGUAUUACACUUUGAAUCUGGUGUAAAGGCCUCCGUAAAGAGUGUCUUUAAGAGCAUAAUAAACAAUCCCAACAGAUCUGUAACUAAAGUGCCAUAUAGAGAAAAUGAAUGCAGUUUAAACGUCUUUAACGAUAGCGAGCUUGAUUUGGCCAAAUAUUGGAAAUAUUUAAGUAACUACGAGUCCGAAUUCAUUCAGAAGAUAAAACGUCGCAUGGCGCAUUUCGAAAUUGACUUCGAGAAACACAUAAUCAAAUCGGCAAGCUUAAACAGGAUUAUUGCAACGAUAAAGGAUCAAAAACCGACUAACGAGUUCAUUUGCGAUUUACUUGAAAGCGUCAAGGAUAUCGACUUGAAUAAGGAAAUUUUGGAAAUUAAUAGGCUUCAGUUUCAAAAGGGGAAGUUUGGCGAAGGUUAUUUUUUUAAAGACCGCUAUGGUCUGAAGGCAUUUUUAAAUUCUUCCAAAAAAGCACUGCACAUUCGUGUUCGUCAUUCACAAGAGUUUCCAGAUCAAGUUGAAUCGCUGAUAUUGGGCAACAUCUGUAAACGCUAUGAGAGUAAUGAUUUUGCCUAUUCUUUUACAAACCUCAUCCUUCUGCCUAUUAUCUUGAAAAAGAAUAUGUUUAACAAUACCGGUUUGAAGUUGUUAAUAAUUGAGUGUUACGAUAUGAUCGAUAGAGACCUAGAAGUUAUUCAGAAGUUGUCAGCAUGUGCUUCGUAUAAAAUUGUUACUAUAUCACCGUUUGACUUUUCUUCAAGUGUAGAUCAUGAUUCAGCCGUGUUUGUGGAAGGGUUGGGUCAUUGCAUUAAAUUUCAAGAUUUACAAGAAGAGAGCCAAAAAAAACUUCUAUCAGAAGACAUUUUUCAGCGAUGUGGAAAAGCUAUGAGCAUAGGAGAUUUAAUAGGCAAUGCCUUAUUACAAAAGGAAACAUCGAGUUACUUGAACCACUUGUUACCUACCAAUCUUUUACUAAGUUUAAUUGGAGAAUAUCCAUUGGAGUACUUAGUGCUGGAUAUGCCCUACAAGAACAUCCUAAAUGGCAUCACUAUUGAACAACAUCAGGAAGUUGACUAUAAGAAUAUCGUGUUGAAGUGUAACAAACACUUUCUAUUUCUAUUAGUGAACAGUGGAGAUGAUCAAGUUUCAAUAAUCGAAGAGCUUAAUUUGCCGUUCCAAAGGUGUUCAAAUAUUGAAAGUGAAUGUCUGAAUAAUUUAGAGAAAAUUGUUUACGUGUUUAGUUUUCAAAAUGAAAGACUAUUUUUGGAAUCAAUUUGUAGAUUUGAUUUAUAUAUUGAAAGGAAGAUUGUUCACAGAAGAAUUGUUGACCCAAAAAUAUUCACAAUGUUGCAUACAUCAGACCAGUUUUUUGUUUACGGUAACAAAAUGAAAGUUGAUGGGGGCAAUGUUAAGUUUUGCGAAAGUAAGUCGAACGCGGUAGAUGCCAUGGAAGAGGCAAACACAAAUGCGCAUGUUUUCAAAAUUGAAAAUAAUGCCAUUCAAUGGGUCCAGUCCAAAGGGAGCAUUGCCCAUCUUCAAGAGUAUUUGAUUCCCAAAACAGUGGAUAGUGCAAAGAUACUAGACGACAAAAUAGUUAUUAUAUCAGGCGAACCAGGUCAAGGGAAGUCGACAAUCGUUAAAAAAAUGUUUUUGAAAUGUUACCACGAUCCAAACCACUGGAUGGUCGCAAUUCCAUUGCAAUUAGCUAACUUUGAUUGUAUCAAUGAUAUUACGAUUAACUCUGCAGCCCAAUUUAUUUUGAGUCCAUGUGAUAAUAACGGCGAAUCCAUUUUGCAAGUCUUAUCAUUUUGCCUGAACUACAAAACAAACCUUCCGAUCUAUCUUAUGUUUGAUGGUUAUGACCAAAUCAAAAAUUCGGCGUCGAGAAACCAAUUCAUCAAACUAAUCAAUUUUCUGAAACGUAACGCAAAUGCCAACAUUCUGAUAACAACACAAAAUUAUCUAGCAUCAGAAUUGGAAAAUGGAGUUUCGGUGCCAGCCUCAUAUUUCGAUUCCUGUGACUUGGAAGUGAGCGUCAUUGACUAUUUGAGCAAAUUUUGGGAAAGCUGUACACAAAUCUUUGAAAAUGCAAAUAUAGAGGAACUCAAAUCUAAUGCUUCAAUUUUGCUCUCUUCUGCCGGAAAUAUCUUUGGGGAAGAGAUUUCGAGAUUUUUGGCUAUUCCUCUUCACGUAAGAAUAUUGGCAGAGCUUAUGAAGCCCAAUUCAAUCAGUCCCUCUACGGAAUUACUCCAAUUCAACGAUAUUCUAGUUCCCUACCAAAAGCUAAUUGAAGUCCGCUAUGAUAUUUACUUCAAACGUAACAAUUUUCCGGACAACAAGAUAUUAAAGCAGUUUACCGUUUUCGGCAUUUUCGAAAAAUUGCACAAUUUGGCAAUUAAACGAUUAAUCGAUAUUGAAUUGAACUUUUCGGAAUACGACUUCAUGCAAGAAUUGAAUAAAGUGGGAUUAGUUCAGUCGAAUCAUGUUGGCGACAUUUCGUUUCUCCAUGACUCGCUCAGGGAUUACUUCGUAGCGCAUUUCAUCUAUCUUUGGUUGGAAAAUAAGGCGGCUAAUAACGUAUGGGACGUUAAAUAUUUCAUAGCGCAUAUUCUUGUGAGACCACUGCAUAAAGGAAUUAGGAUGUUUCUGAAUUGCCAUCUGCAAAGUGCCAAAAUUGCGGUAACAGUGUUAAACGCAUGCAAGGACGCAGUUAGUGAGUCGCUCAAACAAAAUAAAUUAGUUUGUGAUGACGGCAACACAUUCUUCCAUACCGCUGUAGAGGAAAGGUUGGAUUUCGAGGUUGGACGCCUACUAAUGGAAGUUACUUCUGAAGAUUCCUUUACAGAAUUACUUUCUAAGAGAAAUAACAAUCAGAAAACCGCGCUGUUUUUAAUCAUUGAAAACAUUCAUGAACAUCACAUUAAAUCUGAUAUGCUAAAACUAUUUUUGGAAAAAAUGAGCUUUCUCUCAACUGAAAGUACAAAAAUAAUACUUCUAUCAACACUGUUUACAUCCCACACCAUCGAAGAGCAUUUGGAGAUAAUUUCCCAGAAUGCAUCUUGCUAUAACAUUAUUUCAGAAACCAUCGCAAAAAUUAGAAAGUCGCUCAAACAAAAAGAUGCCUUUCUUGAGGCUUGCGCUCUUAAUAAAUUUAAGGAUUUGAAACUAAUCUUAGAACGCGAAAGAGAUAAAGAGACCAGGAAACAUUUGGCACAAAUUACAAACGGUUUUAAAGAAACUGGUUUGCAUAUAACAUCAAGUAAAGAAAUAUUACAGUUAUUGUUAGACCACGGGGUAGAUAUUAACACUCGAGAUCAUCACGGACUUACACCUUUAGCACGUGCGAUCAAGAAUGACAAAGGUACCGAGAUCUUUAAUUUUUUUGUUAGUAAGAGUGCAGACAUUACACUAACGGAUACGUUCGGUAAUGCACCAUUUUUGCAUGCGAUAAAGCAAGGGAAUUCCGAUAUAUUGAGGUAUUUUAUGAAAUCGGGGCAAAUUGAUGUAAAUCAGUGUAACGUUUUCUCCGCAACCUUCCUGAUGGCCGCUUGCAGAACUGAAAAUGAUGGCGUGGUAAGGUGGCUUUUAGACAAAGGGGCGGAUAUAAAUGCGGUGGAUUUGGGUAAUUUAUCUGCGCUAUUUCAUCGUGUGAAAUCUAACCGAAGUAAGUUAAUAAAAUUCCUCAAGACGAAAGGGGCUAAUGUUAACAUACAAGACGGUUAUGGAAAUACGCCUCUGUUAUACAGUAUAAAAAAGUCAAAUUGGAAUAUGGUCAAUCUGUUAGUGGAUAUCCAUUCUGAUCCGUCCAUCUGUAAUAAUAUUGGUCAGCAUCCUGUGAAGAUAUUGAUAGAAAAGCAGAAGGCCGGAAUUAUUGAGAAGAUUUUUAAAGUGGGGUUAGCUACUUUAAGUGAUUUGCAAGAUGUACUUGGAAAAUCAGAAACCGAGUAUCUAUACAAGUAUGUGUUGAAAGAUGUUGUGCCCAUUACGUGAAAUUCUCUGCCUAUGUUAUUUCUAUAAGCCUCAAAAUUUAAUUGUCCACAAGAGGAAAGGUAUAAUUAUACCACGGUUUAGUACCAAGAACCCAAUAACAGUUUUAAAUGUAUACCUAAUCAGCUCACCAAGAAAUAAUAAACAUUAGUGGGAAAUUAAAUUACUUUACACUACAAGUACCUACUUAAGUAGAAGCAAAAAACAUACGACAGAGGAUGGCUUCUGAGUGUCAGUUUUUCACAGAUGUUAGGUGUAGCCUACCGCUAUAAAUGUUACGUCAGUUAACUUAAAUGGAAAACAACACUUGCACUAGGUACCUACAUCACUGUAGAGCGCUAUGCGCGCCUAUCUGAUGUUUCCAUAAGAACUGACAACAAUAUUUUUCUUUUUGCUUUCAAAACUGUCAGUUUUGUUUUUUUAACUUUAAAAACUGAUGACCAAAAAGUUCAUGUUCGCUCCUCACUUGUUAGAUACACGUAUAACAAAGAGUAUCCAUACUCUUUGAACUAUAGUAACUAUAACUGAUCAAAUGAUGAUGCAUACGAGAGAAUUAAAGAAAUAUUUUUGUUUAUAACUAUAAAGAUCCGUCUUGAAAAAAACUCCAUUCAAGUUGAAAGGUAAAUUAUUAUUAACAUUACGUCGAUCGUAUAACUUGUACAUUAUCCCAUUACUGACAAUCAGUAUUAUAUGGUAUUAGUAUUACCUAUCCCAGCAACGUUCUUUUUUUUGUUUUUAUGAUUCUUUUUUUAAUUGUAUAUUUUUUGUAUCUAAUAAAAAAUCCGGUAGUUCAGUUAUUGUCAAAACUUUUAAAUAGAUCAAACUUCAUCAAUGAAUUUGAAAGAUCUUCCACAAGUGGAUAUAGUUAAUCUCGUAUGAUGCUGAUGUACGAACAGAAGAACUGCAGCUUUCCUAAUUGAUACGUACGACCACGUUUACAAAAAUCAAAAACUAUCCAUUUUAAAGGACGUGAUGUGAUAUAUUAAUUGCGCAUGAUUAGCUCUAACGAUGCAUUCCAAUAUAUAUAUAUAUAUUUAUUUAUUUGCCUUUUAUUUUUGAGUGGGCGGAGUUUCAGCCAAGGCUGCUCUACAAACCCAACCCACUGGCCACUAUUCAUUUACAAACAUCCAUGCCCGAACCCGGAUUCGAACCAGGGACUCUUAGCACCACAUUCCAGUUUCAACUGAACUGCGCCACACGGACAGGCAUAACAUUUGCGUGCAUUGCACCGCUGCCCCCGCUAAGGGCGAUGCACCUCACUUUUCGGGCACCUAUCAGCCUGUAACCACAGAUUUAAAUAUACUAUAUGUAAAUUUUUUUUAUCCAUUUAUUUAUUUAUAUAACUUACAUGUAUUUAAUAAAAAAAAAAGGUUUUAAGAUUUAAGAAAGGAAGAAAAUUUCGUUUAAAGAUAUUGUAGAAGGGAAAGUGCCCAUAAUACUAGCGGCAUUGCCGCGCUGAAUGGCCAGACUAAUUUUUUGAAUAAGAAAUGUUUUUGAACGGUGCUCUACCUGUGGCAUUUUUCAAUUUCUUUCCUAAAGUAUUUACAAAUUGCAUAGCUUCCGUACACCACGGUCCAAGGGUUUCAACAGCGAAAGGUAAAAACUAUAUGUAAAUUUUAUUUAUUUAUUUAAAUAUACUAUAUUUAAAUCUGUUCUGUAACUACAAAGUUUUUCCAACUAAGAUUCGGCAUUUAUAAUACCGGAGAUAACCCUGAUGCUCUCAGAGAGCGUGAUAAUGGAGAGUGACUCGCCUGGAGGACUCGGGUGAUUGAUGCAGUCAAUAAUGAUCGCGAUAAGAAGAGACUUGUAGUUGACUACUCCGCAAUUUGAUGCAUAUCCCCUACCAAAUGUGGAACUCCUGACCAAUAAAAUAACAGCCUCUGCAUCUCUCCAGAGUAAUAUACGGCCUUAGAAGCAUACGGCUGUCUGCUCAGGUUUAGGUAUUAGAAUAUAUUUUUCAGAGUUACCUAAUGGAGUAACCGAAUUCCCAAGAAAGAUGACAGAAUCAUUACAAUAGAAAAACUGGAGUGGGUACACAGCUAUUUAUAUAAGGUUUGCUGUGAUCAAUAAGAAGAAAUGGUUCCAUCCAUUGCUUUCUAUUGAGGCGGUGCAUUGCGUCAGACGCUUCAUAGGAAACGUAUUAUACUUUCAUAGUGCGUUUGUCACUGUAAAAGUUAUAGGCACAGAGUGGUUAUAGGUAACUUUUGCCAUUGUCAAAGUGACAAUUGCACUGCGGCUUAUGCGAUUUUUUAUACAUGAAUUGAAUUGUCAUUUAAAAGUAGACGUAGGUAAAAACAAUACACGUAAAUCCCUAUGUAAAUAUCACUGCAUAUGCUACCAAGCGAGUAGACAACAAAAAAUGUCUGUCAAUGUGCUAGCCCCCUGUUAUUUUCUCUCUAAUAUCACUUUAAAAUCAAUGGCGGACGUUUAUUAAUAAACCUUUGUUUGUUUUUUGUCAACAAUUUGAAAAAUUGCUUAAAAAUAGAUUGGACUGCUCAACGGCCGUAUGACUUCGACUCUACGCAAACAGAAAAUUGCGGUAACAGACAUUUACUAAUCAUUGCACAAACUGUGUUUGCUCUCAGUAGUCAUCUGUCACCCCAAGUUACAAUAUCCACAAGAAAAAAAAAGGUUGCCGUUACAGUACCAGAUUUUCCAAAGAGCAUGUAAGGUUGUCUUUGCAUCCCUUAGCUUAUUUCACCCAGAUAUGAUAAAAUAUUUUCUCUCCAGUUUGUGAACACGCCAAUUUGUUGUCGAAAUUGAAUAUCAAAAUCAGAAACGGCUAUUUAAAAAGCAGAAAAGUUAUAAUUUCAAUUCUUCAAAGCAAAAGAUGUUGACCCUUCCCCAUCACAGAAAUAGCGAACAAAAACAUUUUUCUUUUACCGAAGUAGUAAAAUCGUUUACCAUUCCAGUAGCUUUUGGAUAUAUGGGUUGUCAUGAAUAAAAAGCACAAAAUUAAUUCUUCCCAUAAUAUUAUUAAGGUCUGUUGUAUUAAACCUUGCAUAUCUAAUAGUACUUUUUACAAAUUACGUACUAGUCACAACUGAAAGGAAUAACAAAAGAAACACCAAAUAAUAAACCAUAAUUAGAAAUUGUUUUUACACCAAUCGAUUUUGCAAAACAUAAAAACUACACAAAAUAAUUUAUUUAUAGAUAUCAAAUAGUAAAUGUCAUUGUAUUUAUUUAUAAAUAAACCUCUCUGCAUUUCAGUCGUCCUCUUCGGGAAAAUCUUCAUCUGUAGUGUACUCCGAUUCGUGCGCCUCAUCUUCUGCGGGUCCUUCUUCUUCCGAAUCCUCAAACUCCCACUGUGGAUGUUCGGUAAUCUCCGCAGGAGCUUCUUUUAUAUCCAGC